UUGUCCGUUUGUUUGUCGAUGAAAAUCUCGACAGAAUGGUGCCCAUUUCUAAACAGCCUAAGGAUAAAAUUCAGGCUAUAUUAGAAGCAUGUGACCGACAAUUUCCGGAAUUUCACGAACGAUCCCGAAAACGGAUUCGGACAUAUUUGAAAUCCUGCCGCCGAAUGAGAAGGUCAAAGGAACAGAAUGGCUGGGAACCGCUUCGCCCGACUCCACCACAUCUGACGUCUGCAGCCGCUGAAGGUAUCCUAGCAACGGCUUGUGAAAAUGAGAGCAACAAUGCUAAAAGAAUGAGAAUGGGGCUAGAACCGUUGCCGGCAAGUGCAGUUCAGCAGUUAAAUAAUAGUGGCGUACUGGGUGGAGUUGGUGGAAGUUCAGGAGGUGGUAAUAUCGGAGGAAAUAACAACAGUAACAACAGCAACAGUAACAACAGCAACAGUAGCAACAACAAUAACAACAACAGCAGUAGUAACAACAACAGUGGAACUGGUGCCGGCGGAAACGGAAGUGGGGGUUGUGCGACUCCUUCGGGUCAAAACGCUAAUAGCCAGAACACUGCUCAUCAGUUGUCAUCGGCCAACCAAGCGCAAUCACAAUCUCAAACGGGCAGCCAUGACCGAUCCGUAGUGUCCAGCACGGGAAACGACUUUAUACGACAUCAACCUCCGACCUUUCGACCUCCGCCGGAGUUCCAUCCUCCGUUUUUUCCCAAUAGCAAUGGUAUUUUCCGACCGGGUUUCACGACAGGCUAUCAACACCCAGCUCACCAUCACCCACCCGUGAUUCAACAUACUCCUAUUCAACACAACUCAGUCCAAAACGGUAAGUGGCGUUUAUUUUCUUUCCUUUCAUUGUUUUAAAG